AUGGCCUCUUCGUCAUCUGUCACAACCAAUAGAAAUUUCAAUGUUUUCUCCAACGCGAAAUUACCAUGGUGGCAGACUGCCUUGGUUUCAGUGUUGGCAGGAGCUGGCGCCGUCAGUGUUGGAUUGUUAGUAAAAUACCGGAAUUCCAUCAAGAAGCGGUUGAGGCAAUUGGAACAACGGUUAGAACAGGGCUUGGUGUAUCGUGACACCUCACCCGCAUCACAGCACAUUCGAUGUCUGGAAUUGGAAGAGGACUUUCUGAAACAAUAUGGAAAGGAAUAUCCGAUGAUGAGUAUGGGACAAUAUUUGUCUCAAUUGCGCGUCACACAAGAUGGAGAGGACAAUGUUCAACAGGAAAUACCCGCUAUACUACAAAAGGAAUUAGAAGCAGUGUUGGGGGGCUACCUACUAAGCAAAUUGGGCCCACGAAUUGGACCUGCGAUGCUUCCGUUGCUCGGAAUCACGAAAGUCGACUCGUGGCUGACCGCAGUUGCGGGGACAAUGGCGUCAUGGGUGGCAGCUCGACUGUUGAUUCAGGAUAUCAAAGCAAACCAGCAGUCUUCGAGCUAUGAUGUUGCUGCAGCAUUUCCUUUCACUGUUGGAGAAAUGGUUAGUGUUACGAAUAUUAACCAAAAGAUGGCGCAUUAUGGAUCAUCCGAGAUAACGCCAUUGGACAAACUGAGACAAGGUGAAGUUGGCUACAGCAUUCGCUUUGACGAAAGCGUUACCAACGUAGGGCACACUCGCCAGGAAGAAUCAUCAUCAGAAGAAAGAUUAGACACAAAAGCUGAAUGUGAAUCGGAUUCAGGAGAAGAAAGAAACGAGUCGAUGGUACCCAAUCCCUUCCUCCUUGAGGAACACUUGGAGACUGCUAUUCAGAAUAUGGAAGCCCGUAUUCGAUCCAACAACAACAAGGAUUCGGCAAUAUACGACCCUGAUAAUGCAUCGUUUCCUCCACCCGUCCCAUUCAAUGAGAGGCUGUUGCCAGAUUUGUAUCUCGGAUGGGGACAAGCCACAUGUACUCAUACCCAACGGGAAAUCUUGCUGAACCGGAUCAUCGCAGUAUUACUGAACAAGUUAUCUUACAAUUAUUACCUGGUCGAGACCUUCAAGACCAACAAUUUGUCAGUGCGGAAUGGCGAAUUAUUAUCGAAUACCUUGUUUGCCGUUGAUGUGAGCGGCAUCACGUGCCACUUUCCAGAUGAAUUCGUACAGGCUCUCUUAAAAACGGGUCACCAAAUUGAAGUGUGCCCAAGAAGUACUGUCACCACCUUUGGACUUGCCGCAUGUGUCAAGGAAAAGGAUGGAUCGUUCACUGGUAUCCCGCUAGGGGUUUUCAUGCGGGCCGGUUUUGAAGCGGAGAAUGGCGAUCCGCUACUCUUCUUGGGAAAUCAUGGUGGUUUGGAUUUGUCUAUUCGUGGGCCACUGGUCGAGAAGGCCGUCCAGGGCCAUCAUUUGGAAGGGCAGUCAGCAAAGUGUGAUAUUCAGUUUUAUGUUUCCAUUGACGGAUUGUGUGGUUGGAAUUCUAACCACUAUCCAGUUGUUCCAUGGCAACGGCUGGAGGCCACCAGCGAAGUUUACAAUUUUCAGGAAUCCUUAAAGGCAGUCCGCACAACGGGAAUCUUGGCGGUCGCCUUCAAUUCCAUUGCGACGGAAAUGGAUCUCCCAUUUGGUGGGUACGGUAUUCUGGGAGUCUGCAAUGAUUCGGCAGCAUUAGUAGACAUGGCCGUUCGUGGGGCCACCAAUCUAUACCCACUCAUCUCUACCGAGCGAUAUAUGUGGCACACAUUGCGUCGGCUUGUGCGGAUGCAAACCAACCUACAGGAACAGCUGCAGGGCAAAAUGUGUGCGUCCUCUCCGAUGAAGCCUUCGGAACAGCUACUGGAGGAUGUUGCCAUUCUAAUCCAUGCGACGUCUACAAUGGACAGUGACAUUCAUUCCAAGCCAUCACGUCUUUUCGAUGCACUACGACGCUAUGAUGCAUGCUACCCAAGAUCAAUAUUCCAACUGACUGCCAAGACAAAGGUAAUGUUGCAAAAGGAAAAGCUGAAAUACCGGCAAUACACCCUCGCUAAAUCAUCAUGA